AUGGCUCCAUAUCGGAUGUCAGCUUCUGAGUUGAAAGAGUGGAAGAUUCAACUUGAGGAUUUUCUUGAGAAGAGAUUUAUUUGUCUGAGUGUGUCACCGUGGGGUGCGCCUGCUUUGUUGGUUAUGAAGAAGGAGGGUACUAUGAGACUUUUUAUGGAUUAUAGACAAUUGAACAAGGUGAUGAUUAUGAAUAAGUAUCCAAUUUCAAGGAUUAAUGAUUUGAUAGAUCAGUUGGUUGGUGCGUGUAUGUUUAGUAAGUUUGAUUUGAGGUCUAGGUAUCAUCAUAUUCCUGUGAAGGCUGAAUAUAUUCAGAAGACUGCUUUUAGGACGAGGUAUGAUCACUAUAAGUAUUUCGUGAUGCCAUUCUGUGUGACUAAUGCACCUGGUGAGGCAAGUUUUCUUGGGCAUGUGAUAUCGUAUGGUGGUAUUUUUGUUGAUCCGUCGAAGAUUGAGGCUGUGUCUCAAUGGGAAGCUUCAAAAUCCAUUUCUGAGAUUAGAAGUGUUCUUGGUUUAGAAGGUCGAGGUGGUGAUUUUCAGAUUGAUGAGAAUGGUAUCAUGAGAUUUCGUGGUAGAUUUUGUAUUCUGAAUAUAUCGGAUUUGAAGAAGAGGAUUCUUGAGGAAAGGCAUCGAAGUGGUUUGAGUAUUCUUCUUGGAGCUACUAAGAUGUAUCAAGAAUUGAGAAAGUUUAUUUGGUUGCAAGGUUAUCGUGAUAGAUUAACGAAAUCUUCUCACUUUAUUCCUAUGAGGAUGGCUUAUCCGAUGGAGAGGCUUGCAAAGCUUUAUGUUAAGAGUUAUCAUUAUAAGAGGAGGAAAGCGCUUGAAUUUGAGGUUGGAGACCAUGUGUUUCUUAGAGUUACUUCGAUAACGGGUGUUGGAAGAGCUUUGAAGUCGCGUACGUUGAUGCCGCGUUUUAUUGGACCUUAUGAGAACUUGAGGAGAGUAGGUGAGGUAGCUUAUCAGAUUUCUAUGUUGUCGUCGCUUGCUUAUUUGCACAAUCUGUUUCUUGUGUCUCAUUUGAGGAGGUACAUUGUGGAUCCUUCGCAUGUAGUCCAAGUAGAUGAUGUGCAAGUGAGGGAUAACCUUACUGUGGAGCCAUUACCUAUUAGGAUCGAGGAUCGGGAGUUGAAACAGCUUCAUGGCAAAGAGAUUGCUUUGGUGAAGGUCGCUUGGAGAGGACCUGCAGGUGGAAACAUGACUUGGGAACUCGAGAGUAAUAUGAAGGGUUCAUGA